AUGGCGUCCUCAGCUACACCCUCCCCCUCGAGACGCAUGGCCACCACGACAUUGCAAGUACAAGGCAUGACCUGCGGUGCCUGUACAUCCGCCGUGGAGUCCGCUUUUGCAAACGAGCCCGCCGUCCAAAGUGUCGACAUCUCCUUGGUCAUGGAGCGAGCUGUCCUCGUCCAUGACGUCGCUCGCAUCGCUCCAGAGACAAUAAAGGACAUGAUUGAAGAUCGCGGAUUUGGCGCUGCGGUCAUUUCGACCAUGGCAUCCAAAACAGAAAGCCAGGGGCCUCCCGAAGCGAUUACGACGGUUCAAGUUGGCGGAAUGACCUGUGGUGCAUGCACAAGCGCGAUCGAGGGUGCUUUCAAGGACGUGGAGGGUGUGAAGAACUUCAGUAUAUCCUUAUUAUCAGAGAGGGCAGUGCUGGAACACGACCCCAAACUCCUCGCACCGGAAAAGAUCGCCGAGAUCAUUGAAGAUGCGGGCUUCGAAGCGAAAGUCAUCGGAACGAAACCGAUUAUCCCCACAAACAAUGUCGAAGGGACACGAAGGACUGAGCAAAGCGACAGCAUUCUAUCGACUACUGUGGCAAUCGAAGGCAUGACUUGCGGAGCUUGUACGUCGGCUGUAGAAGGCGGCUUCAAAACUGUGGAUGGAAUGCUUCAGUUCAACAUUUCUCUCCUCGCAGAGCGUGCCGUCAUCGUCCACGACAAUACAAAACUUUCACCGGAGCGGAUAGCCACGAUCAUCGAGGACUGUGGCUUUGAUGCCAAGAUCGUCUCUUCCGUGGCAUGGUCUCGGCCAGCAGGGUCCGGAUCAUCCGCAGUUAGCCUGAAGAUCUUUGGAUUGAGUGGCGAAGAUGAUGCUUCCGUUGUAGAAAAGGCCGUCGGCGACCUGAAAGGAGUUGACUCAGUCUCCGUUAGCUACGCCACGAAUCGAGCGACGGUGAACCAUACUCCCAACAUCACGGGCUUGAGGGCUAUCGUUGAGGCGAUCGAAAAGACCGGAUUCAAUGCUUUACUGGCCGACAGUGAAGACAAUAAUGCCCAGUUGGAGUCAUUGGCGAAAACGAAAGAAAUCCAAGGAUGGCGAAGAGCGUUCCGUAUAUCCCUUUGCUUCGCUGUUCCUGUUUUCCUCAUCUCGAUGAUUUUCCCCAUGUGGAUACCCUUCUUAGACAUUGGUUCCGUGCGCAUUGUCCCUGGAAUUUACCUUGGGGAUAUUGUAUGCCUCAUUCUUACGAUCCCAGUUCAGUUUGGUAUCGGCCGGCGGUUUUACCGGAGUGCAUAUAAGAGCCUGAUCCACCGGGCACCGACUAUGGACGUUCUGGUGGUCCUUGGGACCAGUGCAGCAUUCUUCUUCAGCGUUGCAGCGAUGCUUGUCAGUUUCCUCACCCCUCCCCAUACGAAACCGAGCACCGUGUUCGACACGAGCACGAUGCUCAUCACUUUCAUCACCCUUGGACGAUACAUGGAGAAUAGCGCCAAGGGGCAAACGAGCAAGGCCUUGAGCAGACUGAUGAGCCUGGCUCCGAGUAUGGCCACUAUCUACGUCGAUCCCAUUGCAGCCAUCAAAACCGCGGAAGACGAUUCAGGACUGGAAAAGAUGUCUCCCGUUGAAAAGCUGAUGAAUGCCGCGACCGACAAUUCCACCACGGUAUCCUCCGCGGAAGAACAAAUGGUCCCGACCGAGCUUCUAGAGUCGGGCGAUGUCGUCGUGCUACGUCCGGGGGAUAAAAUCCCUGCGGAUGGCAUUGUUCUGCGCGGCGAAUCAUAUGUGGAUGAGAGUAUGGUCACCGGCGAAGCGAUGCCAAUCCUUAAAAGGCGAAGACACGCUCUUAUGGCGGGUACCGUCAAUGGAGCCGGACGAUUGGACCUUGUGGUCACGAGGGCCGGACGCGAUACCCAGCUCUCCCAGAUCGUUCGCUUGGUACAAGAUGCACAGACGACGAGAGCACCCAUUCAAAGGCUCGCGGACAAGGUUGCAGGAUACUUCGUACCGAUUAUCAUAACCCUGGGUCUGGCCACCUUUGUGGCUUGGAUGGUCCUAUCCCACCUCCUAUCGAGUCCCCCAGAUAUCUUCUUAAGCGAACAAAGCGGAGGACGCACGAUGGUGUGCGCCAAGCUUUGUAUUUCCGUCAUUGUGAUCGCCUGCCCUUGUGCCCUUGGCCUUUCAACGCCGACCGCCGUGAUGGUUGGGACCGGAGUUGGCGCAAGUCAGGGCAUUCUGGUCAAAGGUGGUGCGGCGCUUGAAAAGGCCACCGCGAUCACCCAUGUGGUCCUCGACAAAACCGGCACUCUCACGAUCGGCAAGAUGAGCGUCAGCUCUGACGACUUGAUCCACGAGUAUCUGCACGAUGAAGCGGCGGCCAAGAAAUGGUGGACUUUGGUCGGGCUGGCGGAAACGGGGUCCGAGCAUCCCAUCGCCCGCGCGAUCGUGAAUGCCGCACGUCAGCGACUGAGGAUGUCCCCGGAGAGCGCCUUUGAUGGCUCUAUCACCGACUUCAAAGCCGCCGUCGGCAAAGGCCUUUCCGCAACCUGCGAAGCGGUCAUUGACGGGCGUCGGGUCUCUCACCGGGUUCAUCUCGGCAAUGCAUCAUACCUCCGAAGUCAAGGGGUCGUCAUCCCGGUAUGGGCGUCCUCUAGAGACAAACCGCUCCCUGACAAACCGCUCCCGCCCCGCCCCAAUUCCCCCUACUCGGACGUGGCCGACCUAACUUCUACCGUCCCGAAUACCCCAACCACCCCAGCAUUUUCCCGUUCCCUAUCUGCCGGCACCUCGACCAUCCACACCGCCCUCGACGUCACCUACACCGGCAGCCUUUCCCUCGCCGACACCCUCAAGCCUACCGCGCGCGCCGCCAUUGCCGCACUCCGGCGAUUGGGCGUCACCUGCUCCAUCGUGACGGGCGACACCCUAGCCCCCGCCCUCGUCGUCGCCCGCGCCGUCGGCAUCCCCGACAGCAACGUCCACGCGAGCGCCAGCCCCAGCAAGAAACAGGCCCUGCUCCAAGAGAUGAAGAAGCAGCGCGACGCGCGGGGGCGGCGCCAGGUCAUCGCCAUGGUCGGCGACGGGAUCAACGACUCGCCCGCCCUCGCGACCGCCGACAUCGGCAUCGCCCUCGCGGAGGGCGCGGACAUCGCCAUGGAGGCAGCAUCCAUCGUCCUCAUGGCCUCCUCCCGCACGGUGGACCUGCUGGCCAUCCCGGCGUCGCUCCACCUGUCGCGCGCCAUCUUCCGGCGCAUUAAGCUGAACCUCCUCUGGGCGACGAUGUACAACGCGGUCGGCCUGCCGUUCGCGAUGGGGCUCUUCCUGCCGUGGGGCCUGCAUGUGCAUCCCAUGGCAGCGGGGGCAGCGAUGGCGGCGAGUUCGGUGAGCGUGGUGGCGAGUUCGUUGGCGUUGCGAUGGUGGAGGCGGCCGCGCUGGAUGUGUGUGGAGGUGUUGGAUCCGGAAGGGGCGGGGUUCGCAGGGUUGGACGGCGGGGAGGUGCGAAAGGGGCGAUGGAUGGUGAGCAAGGUUUUGGGCAAUGUGAAACGGUGGAUGAUGAGGCUGGUGGAGACCAAGGAGAGGAAACGUCUGGAUGAGAGUCAAGGGACAUAUGUACCGUUGAGAGAGAUGGAUGUGUAG